AUGGCCGAAGUCGGCGAGGACAGCGGGGCCCGCGCCCUGCUGGCGCUGCGCUCGGCGCCCUGCAGCCCAGUGCUGUGCGCCGCCGCCGCCGCCGCCGCCUUCCCCGCCGCCGCGGCCCCCGCCGCCCCGGCGGCGCCCGGGCCCGCCACCCCGUCGCCGCCGCCGCCCGCCCAGCCCCCGCCGCCGCCGCCGCCGCCGCCGGGCGCGAUCGCGGGGGGCGCGGGGGACGCGGGCCCGGCGGGCGAGGCCGCGGUGGCCGCGGCAGCCGACUCGGUGCGCCGGAGCCCCGGGCCCGCGCUGGCGCGCCUGGAGGGCCGCGAGUUCGAGUUCCUCAUGCGGCAGCCCAGCGUCACCAUCGGCCGCAACUCGUCGCAGGGCUCGGUGGACCUGAGCAUGGGCCUGUCGAGCUUCAUCUCGCGGCGCCACCUGCAGCUCACCUUCCAGGAGCCGUACUUCUUCCUCCGCUGCCUCGGCAAGAACGGCGUCUUCGUGGACGGCGCCUUCCAGCGGCGCGGGGCGCCCGCCCUGCAGCUGCCCAAGCAGUGCACCUUCCGCUUCCCCAGCACGGCCAUCAAGAUCCAGUUCACGGCGCUGUUCCAGCAGGAGGAGGCCCCGGCCUCGCCCCUCCGGCCGCUCUGCCCGCAGAUCUCCCCGCUGAGGAUCCACAUUCCCGAGCCCGACCUCCGCAGCCUGGUCAGCCCCGUCCCCUCGCCGACCGGCACCAUCAGUGUUCCCAACUCCUGCCCGGCCAGCCCCCGCGGAGCCGGGUCCUCCGGCUACCGGUUCGUCCAGAACGUGACCUCGGACCUGCAGCUGGCCGCCGAGUUCGCCGCGAAGGCCGCCUCGGAGCAGCAGGCGGACACGUCGGGAGGCGACAGCCCCAAGGACGAGUCGAAGCCUCCGUACUCCUACGCGCAGCUGAUCGUGCAGGCCAUCUCCUCGGCGCAGGACCGGCAGCUGACGCUGAGCGGCAUCUACGCCCACAUCACCAAGCAUUACCCCUACUACAGGACGGCCGACAAGGGCUGGCAGAACUCUAUUCGACACAACCUCUCCUUGAACCGCUAUUUUAUUAAAGUGCCCCGUUCCCAGGAGGAGCCCGGGAAGGGGUCUUUCUGGCGAAUAGACCCUGCCUCGGAGGCCAAGCUCGUGGAACAGGCCUUCCGGAAACGGAGGCAGAGGGGCGUCUCCUGCUUCCGCACCCCCUUCGGGCCGCUGUCGUCCAGGAGCGCUCCGGCCUCGCCCACCCACCCGGGGCUGAUGUCCCCUCGCUCUAGCGGCCUGCAGACUCCGGAGUGCCUGUCUCGGGAGGGCUCCCCCAUUCCUCACGACCCCGACUUUGGGUCAAAGUUAGCUGCUGUUCCGGAGUACCGGUACUCCCAAAGCGCACCCGGCUCCCCCGUCAGCGCCCAGCCCGUCAUCAUGGCCGUGCCGCCCCGGCCGCCCAGCCUGGUGGCCAAGCCCGUGGCCUACGUGCCGGCGUCCAUAGUGACGGCGCAGCCGCCCUCGGGCCACGCGAUCCACGUCGUGCAGCAGGCCCCCCCCGUCACCAUGCUCCGGGUGGUCACCUCCUCCGCCAGCUCCGCCAACGGGUACAUCCUCGCCGGCCAGGCCUCGGCCGGGGGCGCCCACGAAGCAGCGGGCACGGCGGUGCUGGACCUGGGCGGCGAGGCGAGAGGCGCGGAGGAGAAGCCCACCAUCGCCUUCGCCACCAUCCCCGCCGCCAGCCGCGUCAUCCAGACGGUGGCCGGCCAGAUGGCCCCCGGGGUCUCCGGACACACGGUCACCAUCCUGCAGCCGGCAGCCCCCGUGAGCAUCGGGCAGCACCACCUGCCCGUCCGGGCCGUCACCCAGAACGGAAAGCACGCUGUCCCCACCAACAGUUUAGCCAGCAGCGCGUACGCCCUCACGAGCCCCCUGCAGCUCCUCGCGGCCCAGGCCAGCUCGUCGACGCCAGUGGUGGUCACCCGGGUGUGCGAGGUGGGGCCUGAGGAGCCAGCCGCCGCCGCCGCCACCCCAGCUCCCGCCGCCACCUCUGCCUCCUCCACCGGGGAGCCCGAAGCCAAAAGGCCCCGGCUGGAGGAGCCCAGCGGGACUGCGACCUCGCAGGCUGGGGUGAUCGCUGCCGCCGCCCCGCAGGGGCCCGGGACCGGGGAGUGAUGUCGCCGGCGGAGGUGGCGUGGGACGCACGCCCAAAGGAGCUGUGGAGCUGGACCACAGCUGCCGCCACCCGGGACCUCGACGAGCAAGCCCCAGGCCGCCACAGCGCGGUGCCGCUCGGACCGGACGGCCGUCCCCUGCUCCUGCGCUCGUCCGCCCUGCCGUCCGUCUCCCGUCCCUGCUGUGGUUGAAACAAAAACACAUAAACGCAUUCAGACAGCU